AUGAGCCAAGAAGAGUUGCGAGCAACUCUUGCUCCAUAUUUUGAGCAAUUCAACAAGAGCACUGAAAUCGCCAGUGCUGAAGGUGAGCAACAUUUAAAAUUUGAAAAAUAAAUGAAUUUUUAUCUAGAUUCAAUGAAAUUGAUGCAUCCUCAAGCUGUGAUUGUUCAGAAGGACACAACUUCAACUUUUGGAAAAGAAGGUUAGGAUUCAGGGGUUCAGUUAGAUAAUUAAAUUCAUGUCAAAAAUUCUAGAAGAUCUGAAAUUUCCAGUCCAAGAAUCAAUACUUGUUGGAAAUUCGGAAUUUGACAACCAUUUGAAAUUUCAAAAUGUUUAUUCAUAAAAAUUUUGAAACGUAAAUUUACGGGAAGUUUUCAAAUAUCAAUCUGAAACUGAAAUUCAGAUCAAAAAAGGUUUUUAGAUCAAAAUAUCUGAAACUUUCAGGCUGAAAAUCAAAAUUUUUCCAAUUUCCAGCGCUCACCGCCCUCUUCAAAAGCUGGUACAAAACCACGGGUCCCUAUUAUUUCGAGGUAAGCUAAAACCUUCCCCGAAACGCACUCACCCCAACUCAAAAAAUCUUCAGCGCUCCUCCGAAAAAUACAGCGGUUCUGACGAUUGGAUAGUCGUCGAGGCAAAAAUGCGACUAACCAGAAUAGAAGACAAAACAGUGGGUUUUAAGCCUAUUCUCUUUCCUAUUGAAAACAAAAAUAACAAAAACUUAUUAGAUAUUUUCCAGGAAAUUCUACACGGUGAUGUGAUGCACAUUUGGAAAAAAGAGAACAACACAUGGCUCAUGUUCUACGAACAAUUCCACGUGGCAAAUAAUGAAUAA